AUGUCAGCCGGGGGCGAGCAUCUCAAAGAUGAGGGCACCAAGCGACAAGUCGUGCUGGCCGGCGGAGCCGCCGGGCUGAUUUCGCGCUUCUGCAUUGCGCCUCUGGACGUUGUCAAGAUCCGCCUGCAGCUGCAGAUCCACUCACUGUCUGACCCGGCGUCGCAUCAGACGGUCGUUGGACCUGUGUACAAGGGGACGCUGUCGACGAUGCGAGACAUUGUGAGGCAGGAGGGGAUUACGGGUCUAUGGAAAGGCAACAUACCUGCAGAGAUGAUGUAUGUUUGCUACGGAGCUCUUCAGUUUACUGCGUACCGAACUACCACCCAGGCCCUGGCGCAGUUGGGCCCAUACCGACUCCCUCAAUCCGCCGAAUCCUUCGUCUCCGGUGCCGUCGCUGGAGGAAUUGCAACCGCGACGACGUAUCCGCUCGACUUACUACGUACACGUUUCGCAGCCCAGGGGCCGGAACGCAUCUAUCGCUCCUUGGGGUCGUCCAUUCUAGAGAUUGCACAGCACGAGGGUCCCGCGGGUUUCUUCCGGGGCUGCACGGCGGCGGUGGCGCAGAUUGUACCAUAUAUGGGACUAUUUUUUACGGCAUACGAAGGCUUCAGACCAACAACGGCAAAAUGUGAAUACUUGCCGUUCGGGACAGGCGAUGCUGCCGCGGGUGUCCUGGCUAGUGUCAUCGCAAAGACCGGUGUAUUUCCACUGGACUUGGUACGGAAACGUUUGCAGGUGCAAGGCCCAACACGCACAAGAUAUGUGCACCGCAACAUCCCUGAAUACACUGGUGUUAUUCAGUCGAUUACCUUGAUCUUGCGCACGCAGGGCGUGCGAGGACUGUACCGUGGAUUGACCGUCAGCUUGCUCAAGGCGGCGCCGGCGAGUGCCGUGACUAUGUGGACCUAUGAGCGGGCUCUGAAGCUUCUCCAGGAAAUGGAACUGGCAGUAUUGGAUUGA